AGACAGCAGCAAGACCCCAUGUCCCAGGGUGCACCGCGGCUCCUCCAGGUGGGAGUGUUCAGUCUGAUGGAGAACAGAGACAGACGGUGAGUCUACCGGAGGAGCAUCAACCGCCAGCGGCUGCAGCCUGAGAACGACAAGCCGGAGCGAGAGGCGCUGUGUGCGGGUGUUUCUCAGCCGGAGGGUCGGUGUUUCUGGUUCUCUGUUCCCGGUGUGUCCCGGUGUGUCCCAUUGUGUUUCUGGGAUGGAGGAGGCUGCGGGCUGCGGGCUCUGCGGGGUGAAGGUGAUGUGUCGCUUUAGACCUCUGAACGAGUCCGAGAGGAGCCGAGGAGACAAGGACAUCCCCAAAUUCAACGGAGAGGACACCGUGGUGGUGGCGGGGAAGCCCUACGUGUUUGACCGGGUCCUCGCUCCCCACACUGAACAGGUCCAGGUGUACGACACCUGCGCCAAGCAGAUCGUCAAAGACGUGUUGGGGGGAUAUAAUGGGACCAUCUUUGCGUACGGUCAGACGUCGUCAGGAAAGACUCACACCAUGGAGGGGAGUCUGCACAGCCCCCGUCUGAUGGGGAUCAUCCCCCGGAUCUCUCAAGAUAUCUUCGACCACAUCUACGCCAUGGACGAGAACCUGGAGUUCCACAUCAAGGUCUCUUAUUUUGAAAUCUAUCUGGAUAAAAUCAGAGACUUACUGGAUGUGUCCAAGACAAACCUGGCCGUUCACGAGGACAAAAACAGAGUUCCCUUUGUGAAGGGCUGCACGGAGCGUUUUGUUUCCAGUCCAAAUGAAGUGAUGGACGUCAUCGACGAGGGGAAAGCCAACCGACACGUCGCCGUCACCAACAUGAACGAGCACAGCUCUCGCAGCCACAGCAUCUUCCAGAUCAACAUCAAGCAGGAGAACGUGGAGACGGAGCUGAAACUGUCAGGGAAGCUUUACCUGGUGGACCUGGCAGGCAGCGAGAAGGUCAGUAAAACGGGGGCAGAAGGCGCCGUGCUGGACGAAGCCAAGAACAUCAACAAGUCCCUGUCGGCUCUCGGGAAUGUGAUCGCUGCUCUGAGCGAAGGAACGAAAACCCACGUCCCGUACAGAGACAGUAAGAUGACACGAAUCCUGCAGGACUCUCUAGGAGGAAACUGUCGGACCACCAUCAUCAUCUGCUGCUCGCCUUCAGCGUACAACGAGGCGGAGACCAAGUCAACCCUCAUGUUCGGACAGAGAGCAAAAACCAUAAAGAACACAGUGUCUGUGAAUCUGGAGCUGACGGCGGAGGAGUGGAAGAAGAAGUACGAGAAGGAGAAAGAGAAGAACCGGAGUCUGAACGUCGUCAUCCAGAAGCUGGAGAACGAGCUGAAGCGCUGGAGGAAAGGUGAGUCAGUUCCUGUGGUGGAACAGCUGAGCAGCAGGAACAAGCAGAGCAGCAGUGAGACCACAGCAGGGAUUGACAGCUUGGUCCCGCCCCCUGCCCCGCUGUCAGACGGAGAGAAGAAGCAGUACGAGACGCUCAUCACUGAUCUGUACCAGCAGUUGGACUACAGAGACGAUGAGAUCAACCAUCACAGUCAGGCGGAGGAGGAACUCAAACAGCAGCUGAUGGACCAGGAAGAGCUGCUGGUUUCCAGCCGUCAGGAGUACGAGCGAGCGCAGGAAGAGUUGUCACGGCUGCACAGGGACAGUGACUCCGCGAAAGAGGAGGUGAAGGAAGUGCUGCAGGCGCUGGAGGAACUCGCCGUCAACUACGACCACAAGAGCCAGGAGGUGGAGACCAAGAACAGCUGCAACACACAGCUGAACCUGGAGCUGGCACAAAAAACUGCGAGUCUGGAGACAAUCCAGAGGGAGUUCUCCACUCUGCAGGAAGUCAGUUCUCAUCAUAAAAAGAGAUCCACAGAGAUCAUCAGUUUGAUGCUCAGGGACCUCAGUGACAUUGGCAGCCUCCUCGGGACCACCGACCUGAGAGCGAUGACGGAGGCAAGCGGAGUGAUGGAGGAGGAGUUCACUACCGCCCGGCUCUACAUCAGUAAGAUGAAGUCGGAGGUCCGGUCUGUGGUGAGUCGCAGCAGACAGCUGGAGGUCAGCCUGAUGGAGAACAGCAGCAGGAUGGAGGCCAACGAGACGGAGCUGAGCGCCUGCCAGCUGCUCGUCUCUCAGCUCCAGGCGAAGGUGUCCUCCCUGACUGAGGCUCUGCAGGGGUUGGAGCAGAACAAGAGGCAGCUGGAGGAGAGCCAUGAUGCUCUGAUGGAGGAGGCGGCCAAACUGCAUGCUCAAGGUCAGAUGCAGCAUGUGACGGGGCUGGAUAAAGAGAAGGAGCACAUGAGCCGCCUGCAGGAUGCUGAGGAGAUGAAGAGGACUCUGGAGGAGCAGAUGGAGAACCACAGGGAGGUUCAUCACAAACAGCUGAGCCGCCUGCGAGAUGAGAUCGAGCUGAAACACAGGGACGGGCAGCGCCUCAGAGAUGUGAACCAGGCUCUGCAGCUGGAGGUCAGGAAGCUGCAGUCUGAUUGCGACAAGCUGAAGGCUGAGGACCAGAACAAGGAGCAGAAACUACAGAAACUCAUGUUCCUGAACGAAAAGAGAGAACAAGCCAAGGAGGACCUGAAGGGUCUGGAGGACACGGUGGCCAGAGAGCUGCAGACACUGAACAACCUUCGGAAAGUCUUCAUCCAGGACCUCUGUGAUCGAGUCAGGAGCAGCUCAGAGAGCGACAGCGACGAGGCCGGAGGCAGCCUGGCACAGAGGCAGAGGAUCAUCUUCUUAGAGAACAACCUGGAGCAGCUCAGCAGGGUCCACAAACAGCUGGUUCGAGAUAACGCUGAUCUCCGCUGUGAGCUGCCGAAGCUGGAGAAGCGUCUCCGGGCCACAGCGGAGCGGGUGAAAGCUCUGGAGGCGGCCCUCAGGGAGGCCAAAGGGGCCGCCAUGAGGGACCGUAAACGCUACCAACAGGAAGUGGAUCGGAUCAAAGAGGCUGUCCUCUCCAAGAACGUCUCCAGGAGAGGACAGUCCGCUCAGAUAGCUAAGCCAAUCAGAGCAGGCCAUCACUACCAUCAUCCCGCCUCCUCUCCCUCCAUCAGACCCACCAUCCGAGGAGGGGGGGCGUCCAGUCCACGCCAUCAGCCCCCCCGACAGCAGCAACCCCAUCACAGCAAGUAGAACAGACACCUCUUUACCUUUCCUGAGGAUCACUCUCACCACUCUGCCUUUACUGGAACCAGAUCUGUGUUUACACAACGGACCACCUUAACAGCUGACCACCUUAACAGCUAAUCCCCUUAACAGCUAAUCCCUUUAACAGCUGACCACCUUAACAGCUAAUCCCCUUAACAGCUGAUCCACUUUAACAGUUAAUCCACUUUAACAGCUAAUCCCCUUAACAGUUGAUCCACCUUAACAGCUAAUCCCCUUAACAGCUGACCACUUUAACAGCUAAUCACCUUAACAGCUAAUCCCCUUAACAGCUGAUCCACCUUAACAGCUGAUCCACCUUAACAGCUGAUCCACCUUAACUGCCAUUCCACCUUAACAGCUGAUCCACCUUAACUGCCAUUCCACCUUAACAGCUGAUCCACCUUAACUGCCAUUCCACUUUAACAGCUGGUCCACCUUAACUGCCAUUCCACUUUAACAGCUGGUCCACCUUAACUGCCAUUCCCCUUAACAGCUGAUCCACCUUAACAGCUAAUCCCCUUAACAGCUAAUUCCCUUAACAGCUGAUCCACUUUAACAGUUAAUCCACUUUAACAGCUAAUCCCCUUAACAGCUGAUCCACUUUAACAGCUAAACCCCUUAACAGCUAAUCCCCUUAACAGUUGAUCCACCUUAACAGCCAUUCCACCUUAACAGCUGAUCCACCUUAACUGCCAUUCCACCUUAACAGCUGAUCCACCUUAACAGCUGAUCCACUUUAACAGUUAAUCCCCUUAACAGCUGAUCCACCUUAAUAGCUGAUCCACCUUAACAGCUGAUCCACUUUAACAGCUGAUCCACCUUAAUAGCUGAUCCACUUUAACAGCUGAUCCACCUUAACAGUUAAUCCACUUUAACAGUUAAUCCCCUUAACAGCUGAUCCACCUUAAUAGCUGAUCCACUUUAACAGCUGAUCCACCUUAACAGCCAUUCCACCUUAACAGCUGAUCCACCUUAACUGCCAUUCCACCUUAACAGCUGAUCCACUUUAACAGCUGAUCCACCUUAACAGCUGAUCCACUUCAACAGCUGAUCCACUUUAACAGCUGAUCCACUUUAACAGCUGAUCCACUUUAACAGCUACAUAGAUGUCCAUUUCCCCUCUAUGGGACCAGUAAGGGUUCCUUCUCUUCUUCUUAACUGCCAUUCCACCUUAACAGCCAACAAGUGCUAAUGUCCUGUCUGUCUGUCUGUCUGUCUGUCUGUCUGUCUGUCUGUCUGUCUGUCUGUCUCUGUCUGUCUGUCUGUCUGUCUGUCUGUCUGUCUGUCUGUCUGUCUGUCUGUCUGUCUGUCUGUCUGUCUGUGGAUAAUUCAGUUUAUAUUGAGAUACAAUCUAAAUAUUGUGUUUGAUGUCUUUCUUGAGAUUAAAAGGAGUUUGCUGAUGAGAGUUAAAUACCUGUCUCUCUUCAGGAGGUCGUAUUCUGUUCCUCUACUCGUAUUUAUCCAGAAUCAAAAAGUGCAUAAAGUUUGUAAAUCCUGGAUCAGGAAAGUGAUGAGUGUAGGCCAGACAUAAAGCACAGUGGAAUUUAAAGGGCACAAUUAACGUCUGCAUUUGAAUAUAUUUCUGAGUGAAGUUAACUUUGACCUCUCACUUUCACUAGAAACAGGUGAAGGUGCUGCAGGUUUUAAAUGAUGUUUCUACAGACCGUACAGUCUGUGAGUUUAUGGAAUAUAUUAUGUGAUUUAAAAGGGAAUCAGCUGCGUGUGUCAAUGUCUGUUAUUUGACUUAUUUAACAGUUUGAGUGACAUGUCUUAUAAAAGAUAAACCACCGGGGAAAUAAACACGAACAGUUAGGAAUAAUAAAACAGAAUAAUAUUAGUUGGUAUUUAACAAUAAAAGGUCAUAUUUGGAAUAAAAUGACAAUCAAACCAACAUUUAUAUAUUGCUUUGACUUUUAGAGUGGCCCUUUUACUGAGCCAUGUUUAUAAUCGAAUAUUUGAUAUUUAAUCAGUUGAAUAUAAAACAUGUUCAUAUUCUUUGAGUGAUUCUACCUCAUGAUUUUAUUCAACUGUAUUUUUAUUAUUCCUAACGUGUGAUAUCUUUAUUAUUCCUGGACUGAAUGUUUUAUUUCUAUCUCUUACUGAUACUUUUUAAAGAUUUAAGUUAUGAAUUGUUUUGUACUUUAUGGAGACAGUGUUCAUGAGCUCAGUGUUUUUAUCCGUCUUGUUUCUGAAGUGUAAACCGUGUUUCCUCCAUCUGUGAACUCAAUGUGUGAUCAGAGUGCAGUACAGUGAUUUCAGUUGUGACGUGCUUUUAUUUUACAGUUAUGCAUCCGGAAUUAUGAUUUAAUAAUAAAGGACCAAACUAAACGAAGACCUUUAAUGUUCAUAAGGAAAGACGGUGAUCUGUAAUUGUUCUGAAAUAAAACAUGUUACCUUCACAA